CUUCAGUCUGUCACGCUGGAAGGCUGGUCUGACAUAAUGUACUAUGUGAUGGACGCAAAAUCCUGGUGGAGUUUUGUGUAUUUCAUCGUCCUCACAAUUCUCGCCUCCUACGUCAUAAUGAACACAUGUGCCGUUGUUAUUGCCACCCACUACUCAGAUGCCAUGAAACAUGAACCUGGAAGGAAGUUUCCUGGUACUGUGAGCUUCCGUGAAGUUUGGAAGGCUAUAAAGGCGAGGGUUUCAAAACUCAUCUCAAGAGUGAGUGACAUAUGGGGCUCCAAUCAUCACCACUUAGCGGAAUCAUCACCACUGGGCCGGUGCUGGCUGCCUAUCCGUAGGAAGCUAGAGGCGCUUGUGACAGGGAACGUCUUCAACAGGUUUAUCACAAUUGCUAUUUUGCUCAACAUCCUAACCAUGGCCAUCGAGCACCAUGACCAGCCAGAGAUGAUGACGAAUGUGUUACAGAUCUCUAACUAUGUCUUCACGGGUGUGUUUGUCGUGGAGAUGGUCCUGAAACUGAUGGCCUUGGGGUCUGACUACUUUAAGGACUGGAGCAACAACUUCGACUGUCUCAUAGUUAUCAUUAGCUGA